AUGGAUCGUAGGUCCUCCUCCCCUGAGGAUGACGUGUCGGAUGAACCGGAAGCGACUAUUUUCGGUAAUGCCGAUGACAUCAGACACAUUCCACCCUCUACAGACGAUGCGCCCACUCCACUCUCCGAAAUGGAACUGGCCAGAUUGCAGGCUGAACGCAAUAAAGUUGCUGCUCAACUCGCAAUUCUUACCAACCGUUACACGACUUUUCGAGCAGAACUCGACGGUCCGGCAAUCCGGCGUCUCGAGGCGAUCAUUUCACUGGAGUCUGAGCUGGUUCGUCAGAAGCGCAAACUUCUCGAUCAGUCGGCAUCUACCGAAGAAGAAGAAGAUGCCGCUACCACUGGCAGGCUUGUCAUCUGUUCUGCUCUUCAGGCCAGCUGGCGGGGUCUUGAACGCUCUUCUCGGGCCCGCGGAUGUCGAUUGGAUGUGGCCGCCAAAUUCAUUAGCUUCCACCACGAGUACGAGUGCCUUGUGAGCUGGUUGGUCGCGAAAACCCGUCUUCUAGCCUCCACCGAUGAGCUGGAUCUCGAUCUGACGGGAGUAGUGCACCUGCAGCGACGGUUACUUGGCUGGCCGGCUGAUUUGGCCAGAUUGUAUUCGCGGCUGGAUAAAGCUCAAGAAACGGCUGCCCGACUGAAACACUGCCUACGCCGGGAGGCGGGACCAAGGCGGGAUCUAAGACUGGCAUCAAGUGAAUGGCGGGCCGCUGAUCAGGAUCUUGAUGAAAUCCAGCUCUGGCUUCGGCGCAUGCAAAGAAUCGCUGCCUCUACGGAUACCCGACCUCAGAAUCUGCUUGAUGCCCAACGGACAUUGGGCGAACACCAACAGCUCUGGGCUGAGAUUAUGGCUAGACAAACUGAGUUCAAUCGACUUCUUAGUUGUGGUCGCCAGGUCGUGUCAGAGCGUCCACUGUAUAAGCAGCCGUCAAAAGCGGCGGUAACAACGACCAUUCAGGACACAGAAAUGGGCAACAAGACGCAGGAGGAACUUGGUGACAGUCAAGAGCUCGAUGAGGCAAACAAGCCAUAUGCUGAUCUAAACGAUCGCCUAAACAGUCUAGAAGAAGGCUGGACUGAAUUAGGUCGGAUAUGGCAAGACAGACAAGAAGCUCUACAGUUGAAUCAUGCCUAUCAGGUAUCCUUGGUUGCUGUGCGCGCUAGUGAAUUCUAA